AUGGAAAUUCCAACUAUUGAUUUGUUACCAUUCCAUAAUUCAGAAAAUCAGGAAAUGCUUAUCACUGCCAAUAAAAUAGCAAAUGCAUGCAAAAAUAUCGGCGCAUUUUACGUUACAACCUCCAAACUACCGACUUUUGUUAAUGAUUCAGAAACACUUCACCAGUUAUUACGUUUCUUUGAAUUGCCUGUGAGCAUAAAAAAUAAAAUAUCGGCAAAACAUAAUGUGGAUCAUCGUGGUUAUGUGUGCAGCAAAAACUUAGAAUCAGAUGAAUUACGUGAAUGGAUAUAUAUGGGUGAUGAAGAUGGUGAUAGUUAUGCAAAGAAUCAAUGGCUCGAAGAAAGUGAACUUCCGGGAUGGAAAGAUGCAAUCAAUUCUCAUUUUAAAUUGAUGUCAUCUACUGGAAAUCUACUCUAUCAAGCGUUUUCAUUGGCACUCGGAAAAGAUCGGCAUUUUUUAGAAGAUAAAUUCGAUCGUGAACCGACCAUCUUAUUACUGAGAUAUCCAACAGGUGGUAAAUGUCCCGAACACACAGAUGUUGGUUUUCUAGCUAUCAAUUUAUUGGAUCCAAUUGGUGGUUUGCAAAUUAAAACACGUGGAAGUAAUGAAUGGAUAGAUGUAUCCGCUCGUCCAAACACAUUUCUAUGUCAUAUCGGUGAUGCAUUAGAACGGGUAACAAAUGGUUUGUGGUAUUCAGUUCCACAUCGAGUUAGACAUAACAAACCUGGCUAUCGUUAUGGUAUCGUUAUGUUUAAUAAUCCACAUGCUGAUAGUGUUAUUGCACCUCUACAUCAUUUGUUCGGAAACACUUCAACUGAAGUUCAUGAAUACAAACAACUGGCAAUUGUUUAUAAGGAUUUACACCGGAUGAAAUUGAAUGAAUUAAUAUAUUGAAUUGACUCUUUCGAAAAUUAUUUAAUAUCACUGGAUAGAUUGUCCAGUCGAAAAGACUCUUUUAAAUUUUUGAAUCAUGUGCUUCUCCGGAUUUCGUU